AUGUAUGAGAACCAAGGAGAACCAGAAGGUGACUACAGAGUACAUUUCAGAAAUCUGGAGGAGUUUAAAAGUAAUCCUAGUUGGAGGAUUAAGCAAAUCAAAGAUAGGGUGCUGGUCUGGGAUUAUGGGAAGGCUGUGAUGAAGUAUAAUUCAAGGUCUGGUUGUAAUGCGGUAGUAGAUGGUAUUGAUCAGCCUGAGCCUCCCUUGUUUAUGAGGAUGUUCAUUUGUUUAAUGCCUUUGAAAUAUGGUUUCUUGAGAGGUUGUCGGCCAAUCAUUGGGGUGGAUGGCUGCCACCUGAAAGGUGCUUACCAAGGUCAAAUUUUAGCAGUAGUGUCCAAGGAUGGGAACAACAACAUCUAUCCUAUAGCUUGGGCAACUGUUGAGAUUGAAAACAGGAAAACUUGGGAAUGGUUUUUGGAAUCAUUAAUGCAGAAAAUUGGAAGUGCGGGUGGUUUUGGAUUCACCUUCAUGUCAGACAGGCAGAAGGUAAAUAGAUUGGUUGAAGCUCUAGCUGCAAUAGUUCCAAAGGCUGAGACAAGGUUCUAUGUCAGGCAUAUUUGGGCAAAUUUCAAGCUGAGGUUCACUAGCUCUGUCUUCAAAGAACUUUUUUGGAGUGCUGCUAGAGUAACUACAUAUGUAUUUAUUAGAGAUGCUAGAGACAAACCUAUCCUCACCCAGAUGGAAUGGAUGAGGAGGUACAUGAUGAAAAGGAACAAUGAGAAGUGGGAGGACUCAAAGCUAAUCACAAGCAACUUGACUCCAUAUAUUGGGAAGCUAUUUCAAAGGAUGAGUUAUGUGUCUAGGAAUUGCAUUGUUCAAGCUGCUAGGGAUGCAACUUAUGAAGUGCGGCUCAAGGAUGACCAGGUUCUAGUUGAUUUGGGAAAUGGAACCUGUAGUUAUUAUCAUUGGCAGCUUACAGGCAUUCCAUGUGUGCAUGCAUGCAUGCAAGACCAAAGGUAUGAUGUUGGGCAGUAUGUCCAUCCUUAUUACAGCAUGAACAACUACAGGAGGGCUUAUGAGCCUAUAAUACAACCAAUGUCAGGCCCCAAACAUUGGGAGAGAGUGAAAAUGAGGGAACCUCAACCACCAGCUUUCAAAGUGCAACCAGGAAGACCAAAAUUAAAGAAAAGAAAACUGGAGCAUAGGAAGGGAACAUUUGCAGAUGGGAACAACAGAGCAAAAAUAGGAAGAUCAGUGUAG